UUUACAAAAGAUAAACUUUCUAAUGUAAAUAAAACCCUGUAAAAUUUACGCAAAACAUUAUCAUAAUCAAAUAAUUGUGGAUAGGAAAUGUUCUAUAUAAAAGGAAACAAUUAAACACACUAACCUAGUAGAGAAGAAGUUUUCCAUCGGCAUAUUCUUAUUCAAUUUAUAAAAAAGAUAUUUUACUAGUGUCAGUAAUAUAUGUGCUAAGAGUCAAAUAGGAAGUUAUUAGCAAUGAAAUUAAGAAAUUAUGUUUAUAUAUUAUUCAUAUUUACACAGGCUCUGGCAAUACCCAUUAAGGUAUUACUACCCUCCCAAACGUCUGAUGAAACAAUCGCUCCCAAUGCUGGCUUUAAAAAAGCAAUGAAGGAAUAUGUAUUGAUAAGAGCGUUAUCAAAUCAAGAACUUCCGCAACUUCUACGGGUUUCAAGGAAGGACAUUUUUCAAGAUCGUGAGGUCAUUCAUCGUUUUCAAGCUCUUCGGGACAAUUGUUGUAACAAAUUGGAUCAUAAAACGAAAAAAAAUUUUGAUGAAAUUGAUAAAGUGUCAUCCAGUUUUAGUACAUUUAAUCAAUUGCUGUAAUUCGAUUAUUUAAAAACUAUGCUUAUUGUUCUCAUAUAUAAAUAUAUUUACGAAGC